AUGGCCUUCUCAGACCUGGAGCAAUUAUGCUUUCAUGUUAAUGAAAAGAUUGGCAAUAUUAAAAAAACUCUGUCAUUAAGAAACUGUGGCCAAGAACCUACCCUGAAGAGUACCUUAAAUAAAAUAGGCGAUGAGAUCAUUGUAAUAAAUGAACUUCUAAAAAAACUGGAAUUAGAAAUACAGUAUCAAGAACAAACCAACAGUUCACUCAAGGAACUCUGUGAAUCACUUGAAGAAGAUUAUAAAGAUGUGGAACAUCUCAAAGAAAAUAUUCCUUCCCAUUUGCCUCAAGUAACAGUAACCCAGAGCUCUUUUAAGGCAUCAGGUCUUGACCCUGAAAAACCAGUCAAAGUUGAGGAACCUGUACCCACAAAGAAGCCCCCAAAAGAACAAAGAAUUAUUAAAGAAAUGCCUUUUAUAACUUGUGAUGAGUUCAGUGAUGUUCCUGCGUACAUGAAAUCCCGCUUAACCUAUUCUCAAAUUAAUGAUGUCAUUAAAGAAAUCAACAAGGCAAUAAUUAGUAAAUAUAAGAUCCUACAUCAACCAAAAAAGUCUAUGAAUUCUCUGGCCAGAAAUCUCUAUCACAGAUUUAUUGAUGAAGAAACGAAGGAUACCAAAGGUCAUUACUUUAUAGUGGAAGCUGACAUAAAGGAGUUCACAACUUUGAAAGUUGACAAGAAGUUUCACAUGUUACUGAAUAUUUUACGACACUGCCGGAGGCUAUCAGAGGUCCGAGGCGGAGGACUUACCCGUUAUGUUAUAACCUGA